GCGCCAUCGUGCUCGAAAUCGGCGGGGGGAUUUUCACAGCCGCUGCCAAAUCUUGGGGCACAAGAAAUCAACAGUGCACAAAACAGAUCACAACUUGGCUGCUCGGCAAUCAGCGCUGAUAACGGCACUCUGUGCGCAACAAACAAGCUCUCCCAGACUCCAGCCAUACCCAAAACAACAGAAUGGCGCGCUUUUGGUUACAGCUCGCGUGCGCGACCGCCGCGUACGCCUUCCUCCAACCAACGACGAAAGCCGCGACAGCGCGCCGCGCGAUCCAAGUACAAGCCGUCGCGGACCUCCUGCCCGACGACGUUGUUAAUUCAUUAAGUGCAGAGCAGCUGGCAGCCCUCUACAACGCGCCCGACGCCGUGGCCGGCGCGGCCGGUGGCGUUUCCGAAUUCAUUACAACGAAAGUGGGCCCCGCGCUCGGCGCCGAGGCGGCCGCGCUCGGCGAACUCGCGGGCAAGGCUUCGGAGGCGUUCUCUACGAAAGUCGUGCCGGCCCUGAAAGAGGGCGGCGAUGCGCUGAAACCGGCCGUCGAAGCAGCCUUAUCAACGGGCGCUUCCACAGCGAGCGGCGCGUUCGCCGCGGUCGUCGACGCAGGACAUGCCGCGGGCUGGACGGACAUUGAGCUCGCCGGUGCGACGACCAUCGCGCUCUUCCUCACGGUCGCCACGAUCAAGAAGCAGGCCACCCCGCCGCCGCCGCCGCCGCCCACGCCCGCGGAGAAGGCUGCCGUAGGAGCAAAGAAGGCACUUUCCGGCGCUUUGGAUCUGUUCGAGGUCGUGCAGGGGCGACCCUACACGCCCCUCAAGUCCAAGGCCGUCGAGGACGCCGUCAAGCCCAUCGCCUCGUCCGCGGUCACUAUCUACAAGACCAUCGAUUCUACCGCGAAAAAGGCCCCGACGUACACCGAGACCGCCAAGCGGUCCCUGGAAAAGGCCUACAAGGACGCGCCCGCCGUCUCCGCCAAACUAAGCCAGCAGGCCCAGUCCGCCCUCUCCAAGAAAGCCCAGGAGACGCAGAAGGCCGCGCAGGAGGCGGCUAAACGCGCGGCGGCGCGCGGCGGGCCCUACGCGGAAUUGCUCAAGGAGCGCGCUACUCAAGCGGCCGCGAAGCGCGCCGCGGCGCUCAAGGAACAAAGUGCGCAGGCCGUCUCCGUCGUCGCGGAGCGGAGCGCCCCGGCGGUGCGGACGCUCUCGACGGCCUACUCGGCCGCCGCACUCGCCGUGACGAAGGUGUACUCGGCCGCGGCGCCCGUCGUGACAAAAGCUUACGCCGCGGCCGCGCCCGCCGUCCAGACCGCGGCGCAAAAGGCGGCGGCGACGGCCGGCGCGACGAGCGUCGCCGCCUCGGCCGCGGCCAUGUCGGCUGCGGUCAAGUCCGCCGAGGCCCUCCGUUCGUCGGACGCGUACCGGAAGCUCGCCGCGAAGCCCUCUGCCGCGGCGCCGCUCGGCGCGUUCCUGGCCGCGGCCGCGCUGGCGCUGGCGCUGCCCAAGCCCGAGAAAGCGCCGCCGCCGCCGCCGGAGCCGGUAGUGAUUGAGCCGGAAGUCCCGGCCUUCGAGCUGCCCGAGUUCGACUUCUCGUCCUUCGAGCUGCCCGAGGUCGACCUGUCCGCGUUCGCGAACCUGGACCUGGACAACCCGCUCGCCGCGCUCGCCGCGGCGGACGCGGAGGGCGUGCUGACCGGCGUGCGGGCCAUCCUCUACGUCCCCGUCUUCGUGGGGACCUUCGUCCUCGCCCUGCCGCCGGGCGACCAGGCCGCGCUCUUCGUCGCGCUCCUGGCCGCCGCCGUCGCGAGCGGCCGGAAGUCAUGA